AUGUCACAAUUGAAACGAAACGGUAUUUGCGGUCCAAAACCGCAUCUAAUUUAUGGAAAUUUAUUUGAUUUUAAAUUUAAAAAAUUAUUUGAAACACAAAAUUAUUUGAUCGCAAAAUAUGGAAAAAUUGUCGGUUUCUAUUACGGCGUCCAACCGAUGGUAUUGAUUGCCGAUCCGGACGUCGCAAAACAAAUUUUGGUCAAAGAUUUUCAUUAUUUUAGCGAAAGACCCGACUUUUUCUUCAGUUUCAACCGACCAGUAAUGAACGGUUCACUAAUUAAAAGUCGUGGUCAGCGCUGGAAACAGAUCCGAUCGGUAGUGACGCCGACAUUCAGUUCAGCCAAACUGCGGACAAUGACACCAUUGAUUGACGACUCGGUUAAUACGUUUCUAAAACUGAUUGACAAACAACAGUCGACUAAUGGCGGAAACGAUUUCAAUAUUUACAAUCUGUUUCAGGGAUUGACCGCCGAUGUUAUCGGUCGGACGGCAUUCGGCUUACAAACAGACAUUCAAUUGGAUUCGGACAACAAAUUUAUAAAAGCGGUUAAAAAUAAGUUUAAAUCGUUGAGUAUUUUUGCCAAAUGGCAUACUUUGAUUAGAUAUUGUUUUCCACAAUUAUAUCGACUAUUAUAUCCGUAUCGACGUCUAGAAGAGCUAAUCAAUCAUCGAUUGUUGGGUCGAUCGCCAACCGGUAUACUCUUGGAUAUGUGUCAACUGGUUAUCGAUUUAAGAAAGUCUAACAAAAAACAAAACCGAAAAGAUUUGUUACAAUUGAUGUUAGAAACGAAAAUAUCUGAUCAACAGUUUAAUUGUUUGAAUGUCCAACAAUUGACUGCCGGCGCUGGCACUGACCUACAAACAAAUGGUGUCAAUUGUGAAGAUAUAGUAGAAUUGAAAACUAACUGUCAAUCAAAAGAAGCCAAACAUAAUGACAUUCAAUUGACUGAUGACGAAAUCAAAGCUAAUUGUGUUGUAUUUUAUGAGGCCGGGUAUGAAACUACAAGUACUGCACUGGGAUUUGUUGCACACAUACUGAUCAACAAUCAGGAUAUUCAGGAUAGGGUCCGACAGGAAGUCCGGGAAUUGUAUGAAACUGAUGGUCGACUCGAUUAUAAUACUGUGCCAAAACUCGAGUACAUGGAGUGUGUAAUCAAUGAGACGAUGCGUUUGUAUCCACCGCUCAUAUCGUUUGUGGCCCGAGAGACCAACAUUGACUACACGAUCGGUACAAACAUAACGAUACCGAAAGGUACGGCCGUACAGUUUGCCACCUAUUAUAUGCAUCACGACCCGGACUAUUGGCCCGAACCGGAAAAGUUUGAUCCCGAAAGGUUCAGUUCGGGUGAUAGUCGUCGGCAUGAAUGGCAUCCGUACGCUUGGCAACCGUUCGGCAGUGGACCGCGUAAUUGUGUUGGCAUACGGUUGGCCUACUUUGAGAUCAAACUAUGUUUGGCUAAACUGUUGCUAAACUAUCGACUAGAACCGGGACCGCGAACCGAAAUCGGUAACAUAACUGUUAAAACUAGUAUAAUAUCUAUGAAUCCUAAACACGGAGUUUUUGUUAAAGCUAUCAAAUUAUUUUAG